CACACAGUGAUCGAUAUACUAACACGUCACCGGAAGAGGUGGAUUUUGGCGGCUAGUGGCCUGUUCGUUGUGGUGUGUGUUUAUCAUCCAGACAGCUGUAAUCCGUUCACUAUGACCGCCAGUAUGGAGGACAGCAGCGGCUUCCGCCCCUCAGUCGGCAACCUGGACGACCCUCCUAACAGCCGGGGGUGUUUCUGGUGGUGAGUCGGUCGGUAUCGGAGGACAUCAUCCGUGACAAAUUCUCUGCGUUCGGCGAAAUCCAGGACGUGUGGGUGGUGAGGGACAAACAGACCAAGGAGUCCAAAGGCAUCGCCUACGUCAAGUACGCCAAGUCCUCCCAGGCCUGUCGGUCUAUGGAGGAGAUGCACGGCCGGCACCUGGGAGAGAGCAGCAAGCCCAUCAAGGUAUUUAUUGCGCAAUCCCGAGGGUCUUCGAAUCACAGAGAUGUGGAAGAUGAAGAAUUAACUAGGAUAUUUGUGAUGAUUCCUAAGACCUACACUGAAGAUGAUGUCAAGAACACAUUCAAGGAAUAUGGUCAUAUAGAGUAUUGUUCAAUUAUCAAGAAUAAAAGCACAGGUGAAAGUAAAGGGCUGGGAUAUGUGCGGUUCCUCAAACCUUCGCAGGCUGCCAUGGCAAUAGAAAACUGUGAUCGAAAUUAUAAGGCUAUUCUGGCAGAACCCAAAAACAAAGGUGGAGCAUCAGAUACUACAGAUUACCACAGUGUCUCUCGUCACCCAGAACCUCUGCUUGAAACAGCCACUACCUUAUAUCCUUUUGGUCAGUUUGAUCAGUACGAUUAUGCAGCUUAUGAUAAAUGUGGAGAUUCUAGGAACCAGGAAGCUGUGUCUAAGCGUCUCACUGUUGUAUCCCGGUUGCCACUCCUUCAGGAGCAACUAUAUGGCUUGUUUGACCUUGUUCCAGGGCUUGAGUUCUGUGAGCUUCAGAGGGAUCUCUACAGUACUUACUCUCAUGCUGUGGUUCAGUACCAAAAUAUUUCAUCUGCUAUUUAUGCCAAAUACAAGCUACAUGGCUUUGAGUAUCCACCUGGAAAUCGUCUUGGUGUCACAUAUUUAAAUGAUGGUGGCGAUGGCACUGAUCUUCUUAGGAAAAUGGCCUCUCAGAUGGUGGCUGCCCAGGUAAAUUCAAUGGUAUGGGGCUCCCAAGUUUCACAGCAAUUCCCAACAGGGGCAUCUGUAAGUAAUUUCAUUCUUCCUUCCAUUCAGACAGACGCUACCCUUCCAGCAUACAAAAAGAAAGCUCCCAGUGAUGCACACUCCAAGGAAAGACUGUUUGUCGUCUUCAAUCCUCACCCACUGCCACAAGACGUUGCAGAAGAUGUUUUCUGUCGAUUCGGCAAUCUCAUUGAAGUUUACAUUGUGCCCGGGAAGAACAUUGGUUAUGUCAAAUAUGCCGAAGUAUCCAGCGCAAAUGAUGCAAUUGCCAUAUUACAUGGAAAGAUGGUGAAUGGUGUAAAGCUGAAAGUAAUGCAAGCUGAGUCUCCAAGAGAUGAAUCCAAUAAGAGACAAAGAACAUACUAA